UCAAUCUGAAUGAGUCAACAUGACGCGAGGGGAAUCCCAGCUUGGCGGGGGUAUCCCAAAACGAUUUAAGCGGAUCUGUUGAGCAUGGAGUGUAAUGUGGAGGUUGUAUGCAGCGGCCUGAUAUCGCAGUGUUUACGUCUCAUUUCAUAAUUAUGGUACCACUACAGGAGAGGUCGAAGCGAAGGUGGCUCGUUUUAAUUGCGUGCUUCUUAAACAUGUUUUUGUGUUCAGGUUUUCCGUACAAUAUGUCGGUAUUAAACCUAGAGUUUUUACGUGCAUUUGGGAAGAGUAAAGCCGAAACAGCGCUUGUACAGUCUAUUACUGCAGGGAUGCUUCUCAAUGCAGGUUUCCCAUGCGGGCAGUGUGUAAAUAAGUUUGGAGCUCGUAAAAUGGGUGUAUGUGCCGGGCUCCUGGCUUCCACCGGCCUUAUACUUUCGUUCCUUGCAACAAGUAUUCCGUAUUUGAUAGCCACUGUUGGUGUAGUUACGGGAUGCGGAUUGUCUCUAGCUUUUGUAUCUAUAACAACAUCCGUGGGUGAAUAUUUUGAUGGAAAAGCCCGAUUUGUUGCUUUGUCGUUUGUUGCUUCCGGAUCCGGAUGUGGUGCAAUGGUAUUCCCAUUCAUGUUGGAUUCGCUGAUUCAGAUGUAUGGAUGGAGAGGGUGUCUUCUUAUAGUGGGUGGUCUCAUGGGGAAUAUGAUUUGCUUCUUUGCCGUUUGUAAACCACAAGUAGUCAAUAUAACACAUCAGCACCCUGGAUUACUGGUCCCUGAGGAGAUAACUGCAGGCGAGCAAACGCCACAUCAUCAGCAAAUCAAGUACAGAUUUGAAGAUAUAAAGUCUACAAUACACAAUACUGGGAUUUUACUUCCUGAGCGUCAAACGUCAUCUAUUGCAAAGUUAAGAAUACUGUCACGAAACUAUUGUUAUAUUCUAUUUAUCGUUGCAGUGUGCUGUACGCUCCCAGCAUAUGAUGCUACUUUAAUAUAUUUGAUAGAAUUCCUUAAAACUAAAUCAUUUAAUGACAAAGAAGCUUUGGUUCUGUACCUCUUUAUGAAUGUAGGUAAUACAGUGGGCAGAAUGAUUCCAGGGCUUUUUAAACACAUACCGCAUAUGAGUGUUCUGAUCAUACCCGCGUUAGUUACAGGUCUUAGUUGUGUGUCAGUCGUGGGUCUGCUUAAGGCAACUACAUACUACCAACAUGUGCUUUUGAUGUUCGGCUUUGGGAUAUCUAUGGGAGGUAAUGUGACGUUGCUAUCAAUGACUACGAUGAAACUUUUGGGACUUGAAUACUAUGCUAUUGGAGUAGGAAUCCUUAUGACGUUGGUUGGUCUUUGCGCCAUGUGUUCCGGCGCCAUUUCAGGUUGGUUACUUGACAUUACGGAUUCUUACACAGCUUCGUUUUAUGGCGUUGCAGCCUCUCAUGGAAUGGCCAUAUGUCUAUACAUCCUAUCAGCAUCCUUACGUAAAUACAAGAUAGCCACUGCAAAAGCACACCCCAUCAAUCCCAUUUGAAAACAUCCAUGAUGGCAAUUUCCCGAUUGAUGGUAGCCUGAUGCUGUCCUCCUUAGAUGUCCAGAUCGACGUGUUCCAUUCUGCAUCUUUCAAGACUUCGGACGUCGGACACUAUGAUUGAAAUGUUUGAAACUGCUGUAGAAUGACCUAUUAUUACAUAAAACAGCUUUCGCUUAUAUUUAAUGUGACCAUUAUAAAACAAAUAUAAGAAACUGGACUAAACGUGAUUUUUACGACACCUUAUUAGCGUACCGCUAUCAUCAGAAUUGACGUUUGCUAUUAGGAGCAGAAUAUCGCUGUCUCACAUAAUGUAACAUUUGUGCCCGAGAGGUUGACAUGUCAUUGUCGAAAUAAAAUCGCCGUGACCAAUGUCCCCAUCAUCAUUGAACACCGUCAUCAAAUACUUAAUAGUACAUUGAUUUAUAGCUUCCUCAUUGAGAAUGUUUUAAAUCUGUGUUUGUUAUCACGUUAAACAGUAAAAUGCCAUCAUAAUAUAAAAACCAAUGUAAUGACUUUUACAAUUCAUUGCUUCAAUGUAAAAAGAAUAACAAGCAGGUACUUCAUAUUGUGUAUUUGCUUUUUACUAUUUGAUACAUUUUGUAAAAUAAUACUUAGCCGGACAGCAUUUUAAACAAGUAUAAUAAA